CAAAAAUCUCGGUACAGAAGUGCUUAGAUCUGCUUUUGAAGGUUAUAAUGCUUGUGUUUUUGCAUACGGCCAGACUGGAUCUGGCAAGUCCUACACCAUGAUGGGAAAUGCGGGUGAUGCAGGUUUAAUACCUCGAAUUUGUGAAGGAUUAUUCAGCAAAAUAAGUGAAAAAACAAAGCGGAACGAGGCAUCCUUUCGAACAGAAGUCAGCUACCUGGAAAUUUAUAAUGAACGAGUGAGAGAUCUUCUUAGGCGGAAAUCAUCAAAAACUAAUAAUUUACGAAUACGAGAACAUCCAAAGGAAGGGCCAUAUGUUGAGGAUUUGUCUAAACAUUUGGUGCAAAAUUACGCUGACGUAGAGGAACUUAUGGAUGCAGGAAACCUCAACAGAACAACUGCUGCGACUGGAAUGAAUGAUGUCAGUAGCAGGUCGCAUGCCAUUUUCACAAUCAACUUUACUCAGGCUAAAUUUGAUUCUGAAAUGCCAUGUGAAACUGUUAGCAAAAUUCACUUGGUAGAUCUUGCUGGAAGUGAGAGAGCAGAUGCCACUGGUGCCACAGGGGUUAGAUUAAAGGAAGGAGGGAAUAUUAACAAAUCUCUAGUUACUCUGGGAAAUGUGAUUUCUGCCUUAGCGGAUUUAUCUCAGGAAGCAACAAACCCUCUUUCAAAGAAGAAACAAGUAUUUGUGCCUUACAGAGACUCUGUGUUGACUUGGCUGUUAAAAGAUAGCCUAGGAGGAAACUCUAAAACAAUAAUGAUUGCCACAAUUUCACCUGCUGAUAUCAAUUACGGAGAAACUUUAAGUACACUUCGCUAUGCAAAUCGAGCCAAAAACAUCAUCAACAAGCCUACUAUUAAUGAGGAUCCUAACGUCAAACUGAUCCGUGAGCUGAGAGCUGAAAUAGCCCGGCUGAAAGCCCUGCUUGCUCAAGGGAAUCAGAUUGCCCUCUUGGAUUCUCCAACAGCUUUAAGUAUGGAAGAAAAGCUUCAGCAGAAUGAAGCAAGGGUACAAGAACUGACCAAAGAAUGGACAAACAAGUGGAAUGAAACUCAAGAUAUUCUGAAAGAACAAACCUUGGCUCUGAGGAAAGAAGGAAUAGGUGUUGUGUUAGAUUCUGAACUGCCUCAUCUAAUUGGCAUCGAUGAUGAUCUUCUUAGUACUGGUAUCAUCUUGUACCACUUGAAGGAGGGCCAAACACAUGUUGGCAGAGAGGAUGCUGUGACAGAACAGGAUAUUGUUCUUCAUGGCCUUGAUUUGGAAAGUGCUGUUAUAUUACUUGGAAGAACCAAUAUGUUUCGCUUUAACCACCCCAAAGAAGCAGCUAAGCUAAGGGAGAAAAGAAAGAGUGGACUGCUGUCUUCCUUCAGCUUGUCGAUGACAGAUCUUUCAAAAUCAUGUGAGAACCUGUCAGCGGUUAUGCUCUAUAAUCCAGGUCUUUUCCCUGUAAAAGGACCAAUCUGCCUAAGGUUAGAAUUUGAGAGACAACAACGAGAGGAGCUUGAAAAGCUAGAAAGCAAAAGGAAACAAAUAGAAGAGAUGGAAGAAAAACAAAGAUCUGACAAAGCAGAACUUGUAAGAAUGCAGCAAGAAGUGGAGUCCCAGCGCAAAGAGACUGAAAUAGUGCAGCUGCAGAUUCGAAAACAGGAAGAGAGUCUGAAACGGAGGAGUGUUCACAUUGAGAGCAGGUUAAAGGAUUUGCUGGCUGAGAAAGAAAAGUUUGAAGAGGAGAGAUUGCGAGAACAACAGGAGAUAGAGCUUCAAAAGAAAAAACAGCAGGAAGAAAUUUUUUCCCGAGUCAAAGAGGAGUUGCAGCGACUACAAGAACUUAAUCAUAAUGAAAAAGCAGAGAAAAUGCAGAUCUUCCGUGAACUAGAGAAACUUAAGAAGGAAAAAGAUGAGCAUCAAGUUAAGUUGGAAUCGGAAAAAAAAAGACUUGAAGAACAGGAAAGGGAGCAGCUGAUGCUAGUGGCGCAUCUAGAAGAACAGCUUCGAGAGAAGCACGUCAUGAUAGAACUGCUUAAGAGAGGGGAUGUACAAAGAGUUGAGGAAGAGAAAAGAGAUCUUGAAGAUAUUAGAGAAUCUUUUCUGAAAGUCAAAGAGGCCCGAUCUGAAGGUGAUGAAAAUGGUGACGAAUUAGACAAGGCACAGCAUGAUUUCAUAGAGUUUAAAAGGAAACAACUAGAACAGCUGACUAUUUUGGAAAAAGAUUUAGUUCAGCAAAUGGAUCGCCUAGAAAAGGAAAUAGCAGAUGAAAAGAAAGCUCUGGAACGUUUAAAAUUUGUAGAUGAAGAACAUUUAAAUCUGAAGAGAGGGGAUGAAAAUGUUGUGGAUGCAGUACUCAAGGCUGAAGAGGUUGACAGGAUAAAUCGAGCAGAGUACAGGCUCCAAUCUAAAGUACGCCAGCUUGAGUACCUGAAGAAUAAUCAUUUGCCAGCUCUGCUGGAAGAAAAACAAAGAGCUUCUGAAGUCCUUGCUAGGGGCUUAUUAGGGUUAGAUAAUAUUCUCUAUCAAAUAGAGAAAGAAAUGGAAGAAAAAGAAGAGCAGCUUGCCCAGUACAGAGCUAGCACAAAUCAGCUGCAGCAGCUUCAAGAAACAUUUGAGUUCACAGCCAACGUAGCUCGUCAGGAAGAAAAGGUUCGGAAAAAAGAAAAAGAAAUCCUUGAAUCAAGGGAAAAGCAGCAGAGAGAAGCACUGGAGCAAGCUGUCGUGAAGUUGGAAAGGAGGCACUCUGCUCUGCAACGUCGUUCAACAAUAGACUUUGAAAUUGAAGAGCAGAUACAGAAGCUUGCCACCUUGAACAACAGCUGCAGUGAACAGGCAGGUCUGCAAGCUAGUCUGGAAGCUGAGCAGAAAGCUCUGGAACAAGACCGAGAACGCUUGGACCAGGAAAUUCAGCAGCUGAAACAAAAAAUAUGUGAGGGUGAUGGUGGCCAGAAAGCAAAUCAUGGAGCAGUAGAAGAGAGACUCUCCCAUACCACUUCCCAUACCAGUCCAACAAAGCCACAGCCACCUGGUGCUGCACUGGUUGAUGAUAGGAUAAAUGCCUUUAUUGAACAAGAAGUGCAGAGAAGGCUCCAGAAUAUUCAUCACAAAGCUGAGGAUAAUGAUGGUAGCCUGUCUUGGUCUUCAGAAAGUUUAAAGGAUAAUGAGAGACUUAAUAAUGGCACUCUUCAACGCAAGCUGAAGUAUGAGAAAAGUCAACAGUGGCAGCCACAUUAUGGCUUUCCAUUUAUGUCUAAAGAUGACAAUUGUGCCUCUAAUUUGUGUGGAGAAAACUCUGGAGUAAGAGACCCUAGAAUACAGAAGGAAUAUACGGAGAUGUGGGAUUUAUUUUCCAGUUCUGGAAGAAUCUCCUCCUCUUUUACAUCAGAGAAAACAUUUGAGAAUGAAAGGAAUUCAGAACAGGAGGGCUUUGCUCAUUGUUGUGACAUUGAAAGUUGUUUAAUGCUCUCUAAAAAUACUAAUACUUUAAAAAGUAAGAAUAUUCCUCAUCAGAAUGUUUUCUCUACUUCUUUACAAAGUCAUGACUUAAAUAAUGUGCCUUAUUCGUUCUGCAAGGUUAAAAAUUUCAAUCAUUUUGAUGAUAAAAUAAUUACUUCUCUGGAUUGUGACAGCUUAAGAACUGAAUCUGAUUGUUCCCACUUGAAACAGCUGUCUCCUGCAGGAUCCUUAAUGGGUGUUAAUGAGCAAGCUGGCUUUAACAGCAUAUCGUGCCUUCCCUUUUCUCAGUCUCAUGCAUAUUCUGAAAUAAUGACUUGCAAAGAAAGCAGCCCCUGUAAGACAGUGUACCCAGCAACUGAAGACCACUCUAGUAAUUCUCAGCUUCCAAUGCAAAAAGCCUCAGAUUUUAUUUCUUUUAAGUCAAUAGCUUCUCGUUUUGCUGUGAGCCCGGAGCACACCUCUGGUUUGGGGUAUCUUUGCAGCAAGCUUUCCUGCCUUUACAAAGAUACCAGUAAUCAGCUGCUCAACAAUACAAUUGUUUCUAAACAAAUCAAGGAGUUGGGAAGUUUGUGUGAGAGAAACGAGAAGUACGUACAAGCGGUGUCAUUAAUCAAAAACCUGCCACUCAUAAGAAACUUGCAGGUAAAUGUAUUCUUCAAGUCUGAUACAAAUCAAGAUGCAUCCCACUCUACCAAUGAUGCCAAAGCUCUCUCUGAAAAUGUUGUUCAGCCUGAUUCCCCUGUGCAAGAGACCAUCGCGAUGUGUGUGAAUGCAGGAGUCUCCAAUACCUGUGCAAGAAAGCCCUCUGAAGGAGCUGCACAUUGUUGUAACAAUGAAGAGCUGGAAAACAGCCUUGUGUUGAGACAGAAAUUUGUGAAUUUUCCUGAUGUCUUUUUGAAUCUUCAGGUCUGUUCUCUGGAAAAAGUCCUUGAGUAUUUGACCUGUCUCUUACCUCAGAUUUCUAUUAGAAUGGAGGAGUUGAAAGGUGUAUAUUGGCUUGCUGUUGGCAGUAGUAAAAAACCUGAUGCAGAACCUGCUUGCUUGCUUUUGUUCAGCUCUGUGCUGUAUGUCGUCGUUUCAUCAGUUGAACAAGACGUCUGCCAGAGUGCCUUGACAAUGUUUCGUGAGGUUCCCAUCACCAAUAUAAAAGAGAUUCAAGUUGGCUUUGCUGGACAGAGUACUAGUCUUCUGUGUUCUGCUGAAGAUGGUUGGCUCACAAUAUUUACUUAUAGCAAGCACUUCACUCAAAGAAUUUGCCAUGACAUAAUGAGCCUUUUGAUUUCUAGAACAGAUGAUGCUGUUUAUUUCAAUCACCAGCUCUUGAAAGAUGAUUUGAUGCAGAUUUCACUUGACUGGACAUCAGAAGUCAAUGACAUAGUUUUUUCAAAUGGAGUACGAUUGUUCUGUAAAUUUAGAACUGAAUUAGCUGAUCUGGUUUACUUACUCCAUGAAAAUAUGGGAAGUAUUAAACCAUCAUUAGGUGACAUUCAAGUGCUGCUAUAUACCUCAGUGAAGGUAACCUAUGCUAAGGAAACUGUGUAUAGAUCUUUAGUUCUUACGACUACUCACAUAGGUCUCUUAAGGGAGAAUAAUGUUUUUUACCUGGCAGCUAACUUUCUGGAUGCUUCAUGCCAACAAUUUGACAGCAUUCAGCUGCACAGUUUAAAUGAUAUCCGAUGUGCAGUUUUGCCAGACAAAGAGAAUCCCACAAAAAUUGAGCUUGUGUUUUCCAGAAGGAGGAAUGUUGGAUCUGAUUCAGGAAUUGGUUUUUCUAAAUACUGUGAAAAAGAAAGAAAUCCUCAGCUGACAGUCAUCCCAUCAAGUCUUCAAAGCAGUUUGCAUAUCCCUUCAGAAAUCUGGAUAUUAACAUUCAGUUCAAGUCAAGAAGCUAUUUGGCUAAUUGUGCAUCUGACUAGGUGUUGAAAUCCAAAUAUGUUUAGAUAUGUUCAAAACAAAAGGCUAAUUAAUAUUGAUAAUAUUUCCUUCUUUUUGGUUUUUAAUCAAUAAGCAAAAGAGUCCUCUGAGCCUGUAAGGACAUCCCAUAGG